AUGGCGGACCCUGGCGUCGAGGAUGAGCGUAGUGCUCGCGUCGCAGAUGAGCUGCGGCGGGAGGUGUACGAGUGCCCCAGCUGCUUGGAGCCUGUGAAGCAGCAGCAGCCGAUUUGGUCAUGUCAUGCGUGCGUCCAAAUCUACCACUUCGCCUGCAUCCGGCGAUGGGCGCAAGUGGACCGCGAUACUGUUGUCUUUUCCUGCCCGCAGUGCCGCCACGCGCAGCCGAAGCCGCUGACGGAUUUGUGCUUCUGUGGGAAGGUGUCAAAGCCGAAGUACGACCCGCUCGUGACACCCCACUCGUGCGGCCGCCUCUGCGGACGUGUGAGGCCUUUUUGCACGCACAGGUGCCCUGCUCAGUGCCAUCCUGGUCCCUGCCCGCGAUGCCAGCUGCUGGUAGGGCCCCAGCCAUGUCCAUGCGGAGCAACGACCUACACCUAUCCAUGCGGGCAGCCCGAUCCGGAGACGACGUGCAGCAAUCCGUGUAGGCGCCCGCUCACGUGUGGGAAACAUACGUGCUUGCUGCCCUGCCACACCGGGCCCUGCCCACCUUGCUCGGAGUUGAUGACCCUCAUCUGCUACUGCGGCAAAACCACGCAGCAGCGCCUCUGCACAAAGGAGACAACGUUUUUCUGCGGCAGCGUGUGCGGCAAGACACUGCGAUGCGGCCAGCACACGUGCACGCUACUGUGCCACGACGGCCAGUGCCCGCCAUGCCCUACCGACCCCUCCAGCGUUCACACCUGUCCUUGUGGUGCUUCAGAGCUGGAAACCGUGCGGCACACCUGCACGGACCCCAUUCCGCAAUGCGGCCGGGUAUGCCACAAGCUACUCUCAUGUGGACAGCACCGGUGCCAGCUGACGUGCCACCCAGGCGCCUGCCCACUGUGUGAGUUGCGCGUCGACGUGUCGUGUCGCUGUCGAAAGGUUCGCAAGCGGCUGUCCUGUGCAGACUCGCAGAACUUCACCUGCACAUACGAGUGUGGCACGAAGCUGUCGUGCGGGCGGCACAAGUGCAAGGUGGUCUGCUGCUCAGACCGAAACAAGACUCAAACAAAUUCGCACAUGUGCCUUCAGGUGUGCGGCCGACCGCUGCCGUGCGGGCACACAUGCGAGGACCUCUGCCACGCCUCUGCGCAGUGUCCAUCCUGCGUGCACGUCGUGACUGAAACACUCACAUGCUACUGCGGCGCGGCGGUGCUUCGACCCCCACAGCAAUGUGGCACACAGCCACCCGUGUGCAAUCGAGCCUGCCGCAUCCCACGCCCGUGCAACCACCCGGUAGGCCACAAUUGCCACUUCGGACCGUGUCCUCCAUGCGGGGCACUCGUCCGACGCUCGUGUCCGAGGCACAACACGUCGGUGAUGCAGCUAUGUGGUGUAGCGGAUGUGGCGUGUGAGGAGGAGUGCGGGAUAGAAUUGCCAUGCAGGCACUUCUGUGACCGCGCCUGUCACAGUGGACCAUGCAUCGAGGAGGCCAAUCCGUGCCAUCAACAGUGCGAUCAGCGGCACGAAGAGUGCGGCCACCGCUGCGCCAAGCCAUGUCACGGCACGACGCCGUGCCCGCCGUGCUCGGUGUACCUGAGGUGCACGUGCAACUGCGGUCGCGUGACGCGCAGUCUUCCAUGUGCCAAGGUGGGCAAGCGGAAGGCGGAGGGGCCAAACAAAUUUUCGGUGGUUGUCCCAUGCGACGACGACUGCCUCUUCACCCGCCGACUGGAUGUGCUCACAUCGCUCAGCAAGACAAAGAGCGAGAAAUUUCUCUACUCCCUCAUGCUGUGGGACGCUGCACAGCAGGACUCGAGCGCGGUGCAGCGGGCAGAGCGCCAGCUGAUGAACUUUGUCGAAGGGAACGAGUCAGUUGUUUCACUUCCGCCAGCGAACGCCGAGACCCGUGCGCUUGUGCACUCACUUGCCAAGUACUUUCACGUUCACUCUGAAGGCAUUGACAGAGAGCCGCACCGUUCAUGCCUGCUGACCAAAACAGGCACCACUGCGCCACCGCCUGUGCUCCUCAGUGACGCGGUGCGGGACGCGCAGAUGGACCCGCUGCAGUUUCUGAUGCAGCGUGCGAAGCCGUCGCUCAAAGGGAAGCUGUGCCUCGUCGUUAGUGGCCACAACGUGAAUGAAAUCUUGCUGGCGUCGCUGUUGAGCGACUUGGCCGGACGAUUUGUUAUUGCACCGCCAGAGGUUGGCAAGGAUGGCGCGCGGUCGUUUCUUAUUGCCUUCACGACGCACAAGCGUGCGGAGGAGGCGGUGAAGAAACUGCAGGCAAGCAGCAGUCAGCACAUCUUCACUGUAGCUCGCGCCACUGCGUAG